UGCCAUUAUCUGCCACCAUCCCACACGCGCCGCCUCUCCUCCCUCACGCGCCGCGGUGCGAUUCAAAUCCUGUAUUGAUUUCUUGAUCUUACAAUCCGUUUUUUUUUUGUUAAUUGUUUGUCUUGGUUUCCAUAAGAUCUCGGAAAUCAAAAGAGGAUUCCAGGGUUUCUGCUACUUUUGGAAAAGAAGGUAUAAUCUAUGAAUUAAGGUGUAAAUUUUAUCACAAGAAGGAGGAUCAUCGUCGUUGUUUUAAUGGGAGGGGUUACUUCAUCAAUCGCUGCUAAAUUCGCUUUCUUCCCACCAACACCACCGUCUUACGAUGUAGUCGCCGACGAUAGCUGCGGCGGACGACUUUACAUACCGGAAAUUCCGCGGCGCGAUGACGUCGACGUCCUCAAGCUCCGUACACGUUGUGGCAAUGAGAUCGUGGCGAUUUAUGUCAAACACUCGAAAGCUAAUGGCACGGUUCUGUAUUCCCAUGGUAACGCCGCCGAUUUGGGGCAAAUGUUUGAGCUUUUUGUCGAGCUUAGCAACCGCCUUCGUGUUAAUCUUAUGGGGUAUGAUUACUCUGGUUAUGGUCAGUCUACAGGACAGGCAAGUGAGUGUAAUACAUAUGCUGAUAUAGAAGCAUCGUAUAAAUGCCUCAAAGAGAAGUAUGGCAUGAAAGACGAUGAACUGAUAUUAUAUGGUCAAUCUGUCGGUAGUGGACCAACGCUCGAUCUAGCUUCACGCACACCUAACUUGAGAGGCGUGGUUUUACAGUGUCCUAUUCUGUCUGGGAUGAGGGUUUUGUAUCCGGUGAAAUGUACAUAUUGGUUUGACAUUUACAAGAAUAUUGACAAGAUCGGCGCAGUAACAUGUCCUGUAUUAGUUAUCCAUGGAACAGCGGAUGAGGUAGUUGAUUGUUCUCAUGGAAGACGGCUCUGGGAACUCAGCAAAGAGAAGUAUGAACCUUUGUGGAUAAGUGGAGGUGGACACUGUGACCUUGAACUCUAUCCAGAUUUCAUCAGACAUCUGAAGAAGUUUGUUGCAUCACUUGCAGCAAACAAGCAGAGAAAGCUGCCACAGAAUGAGAUCGCUGAUAUGUUUGAAAUAGGUUACUUUCGAGGGGUUUCUAGAAACAGUCUAGGCAAUUGGCUGGAGAAGAAGAAGAAAAGGAAUAAGCAUGAGAAAUCCCAGAUGAGCGUUAAUAGGUGUACAAAGAUAUAAAAAGGUCAA